AAUAAACCUGCUAAGGAAAGCGUGAGCCGGACCUUAACGUGAGCACCAUCAGUGUGUAGAGAUCUAGCACGCAGCGAACGGGGGUCUUCACGGGCACAGCAGCUGGGUAGACUUUCAGUGAGCAUUGCAUCUUCAGGUUUUACAAGGUUUCAGCAUAACGGACAGACGGAUGAGAGAAUUUUUGCAAGCGAAUAUGGCAUUUUCGUCAUUCCCACUGUCAACACUCAUUGCCCUGGUGCUUCUUGUGGCAUCCAUUCAGAGCAACUCUAUGUAUGAUGAUGAUGAAGAUCCUUUCCAGCCAGUUACCUCAGACGAGACAGUGGUUGAGGGAGGUACGGUGACUCUGACAUGCCGUGUGGCUGAGACUGAUAAUUCUUCCCUCCAGUGGUCCAACACUGCACAACAGACACUCUACUUUGGAGCUAAAAGAGCUUUGAGAGAUCAUCGUAUCCAGCUACAUAAGUCCACACCCACAGAACUUUCAAUCACCAUCUCCAAUGUGCAGCUGUCAGAUGAUGGAGAAUACACCUGCUCCAUCUUCACCAUGCCUGUACGGAUUGCACGAGCCACUGUCACUGUACUCGGAGUACCCGGGAAGCCAAUAAUAACAGGUUUUGAGGAUCCAGUGCAGGAAGGAGGGAGUGUAACACUUACCUGCACCAGCAAGGGUAGCAAACCUCCUGCUCAGCUGUACUGGUAUAAAGGACAGGAAAAGCUGGACGCCGAUCCUAAUGUGGUGGAGUCAAAUCAAGAUGGUACAACAUUCAUAGUGACAAGUGAGCUCACGCUGUCGGUGACCAGGAAUGAUAACAAUGCCAUGAUCAGCUGUGCUGUGGACCAUCCAUCCAUCACCAAUGGCGAGAAAAGGACAGAACAGCCUUUGAGUGUGCUGUUCUCCCCGAGUGUCUUGAUUAAACCUGAGAGCGACCUGCCUCGAGAGGGAGAGAGAUUUUCUCUGCAUUGCAUGGGGAACGGAAACCCUGAGCCUUUGUCAUUCAUGUGGCAAAAGAAAGAUGCAGAGUUCCCUCCACAGGUGAGGCCUGACAAUGCAUACCUCCGCUUUGAGGCCCUCAACAAAUCCGAUAAUGGAGUUUACUUGUGUCGCGCAGACAAUGGAAUUGGCUGGAAUGAGGGAUACUACACCCUGCUAGUACAAGACCCCACAGCAAUGUCCAGUUCUUCAGGUGUUGAUCAUGCUGUGAUUGGGGGAGUGGUGGCUGUCAUUGUCUUCAUCAUGCUUUGCCUCCUCAUUGUCCUUGGCAGAUACCUCAUCAGACACAAAGGUACAUAUCUGACCCAUGAAGCAAAAGGCUCAGACGAUGCCCAGGAUGCUGACACGGCUAUCAUCAAUGCAGAAGGUGGCCACUCUGGUAUUGAGGACAAGAAAGAAUACUUUAUCUAAGCGUCCCUCCAUCACUUCAUCUUUUCUUUCUUCCCUUGCUUCAGUUCCUUUCAGUCAGAGGAAAUUUAAAAAGGACGAGUAAAAGGGUGAACAAAAAUGUGGAACUGAAGAAACCAGAAAAAGAUCAGUUUCAGGCUGUGUUGAAACCAGGGAGUUUUGCACUGACAUCAGUAUUCACAACCACACACACACACACACACACACACACACACACACACACACACACACACACACACUUUCAAAUAGAUGGCAUGCCUUCAUGCUCUCAGAUUCAUGCCUGUCUCUAGUCACUUCAUAUGCCUUCAUGUUUAUAUUCAACAAAGGCAAUAUGAUGAAAAAAACAUAUAACUUACAGUGGACACAUUCAGUUUCAUUUCCCACAGAUCUGACAUGUGUACACACACACACACACACACACACACACACACACACACACACACACACACACACACACACACACACACACACACAGAGCAAUCAAAUAACCUAAUCCAGCAUCCCAUUAUCCUUGCCUAAUUCAGCAGAUGCAUGGGAUAUCUUAGUACAGGGCAAUAUGAACAACACACAGACAGGCAGACAGAUAAGCAUACACACACACACACAAUGCAAUCAUGCAAAACAGCCUCUGUGCUGUCAUUGUAUGGAACCCCAGAAUAAAUGUAUAGAUAUAUAUAGAUGAUUAUAUAGCAUUGUUUUUACUUGGGAGAACUGGUUCAGUGUGGUGUAAAUAUACUCUGUGCCAUGCUCGCUCUAUCUUUUCCUCUCUCUUUUACCUCUUUUCCCUUUCUGUCCAUCCCUCUUCCUAACCUAUAUAUGUUUCUCUUAUUCUCUCUCUGUCUUCAUUUCAUUGUCUCAUAUUACAGUAUAUACUCAAAAAGCCUGCCUGGUUUUCUUACAUGCGUGAAAAUGCAUUCAGUUAAAAAAAAAACAACAACGACGAUAUAUGGGGUACAAAAAAUGUUACCAUGAAAAUGUCAGUACUACAAAUAUUGGUAUGAGUUUUUGUUUCCUCCAGUUGAGUUUCUGGUGUAACUGUUGGUGGUACAAUUUUCAGUAUCAGCUGUCAUCGCAGGACUUAUUAGUAUCAUCACAAUUAUUAUUAUUAUUAUUAUUAUUAUUAUUAUUAUUAUUCCAUGAUGAAAUAAACGCCUUUUCCCUGUUAACCCAGGACUUGCACCCCAUACCUUUUUGUGACAUCACUUCCUGUCCUUUGAUGGCAGGUGAAUGAGCUAAAGCAGGGUACUGCAUGUGCGAACAAGCAAACAAAGCAAAUGAAAACAAGAAGCUAGACUCUUCUGUCUACUGUACUUUUUCUCUUAUUUUUCCACCUAUCCCUUUCUGUCUCUCUUGUCUCCCUAUACAGUGUUCUAACCUAGUUUCUGUGUGUUAAAAGUCCAUUCUAGUUCUCCUUUAUAACUGUCCACAGUUUGUCUUGAUCUAGACAUACUAGAUCUGAUCACUCUGGUAUUACUGAAAUUUGCAGCUAGCCUCAUUAAGGGUAGAAAUUUUGAAGUUUAUUAUAUGACAAACAACAGGCUGACAUAUUAACCAAAUUGAUAACAUCUGCUGUGCAUCUCACACAUGAUCAGUGUUCACGGUGUGAGAUGAGUGGACUAAGAAUUUCUAAUUUGGGAUUAUCUGAAACAGUGCAUUCUUCAGGUCAAGUUUAAAUUUACUUGUGAAGUGGAUGACUUAUAAUGUAAGUUGCAUGAAGAACAGGACAGAUCUUUCCCAACUUCCUCUGAGUAGAGCUUAUUCUCUAUAGAGCUGAUCCAACACAAAAUGAAAAGUACUUAAUCUUUCUAUAGACCAGUGUUGUCAGAGUUCAGUCCUUGAAGGCCCUAACUCUUUGAAGAUUUAUGUUUAAUAUGCUUUUAACUCACCACACCCAACUCUUAAUUAGUUGAUGAGUUGAGCAAGGUGUGUUAAAAUUGUCAGGAUUCUUCCAGGACUUGAGACUGACCCCAUGGCUCUACAUACAAUGUUUCCCAAACUGGUGCUCAGGGACUUAAAGUAUUCAGUAUUCUAUAUGGGUUGGUUCAGGUAUGUUGGGAGCUGCAAGAAGAAGAAAAAAUAAAGUUUAACUAUCUGUGGACCUGGGGUUUGGGAAAUACUGCUCUAAACUAUAGUCCUUAUCAUAGACCUCAUGUUUGCAGUGACAAACCUUUCACCACUAGAUGGUGCAUUAUGUGAGACAUCCACCUCUUCUUCAUUUGUCCCCUUUCUCUCUCUGGUACAGGUAGCAGAAUUUGUGAUGCACCUUAUGUUAAUGGUGGCUCAUUGCAGCAGUUUAUUUCUAAAUUAUGUUUAUUCCUUUUUCUUUUUUGUAGCUCUGUAUACUAUUAAGUGUAAAAUGUUUUGUUUACUUUUUACUGUAUGACUAGAUGUUAUAGAUGUUAUAGACAUCUAUAUUAAAAUGUAGAAGAGUAUAGUUUCUGUGAGUAUUGUUUUAAAAUCAACCAUUUUGUAUAAUUUCAUGUAAAUAGUGUUGCCUUGAACAGUCUUCUCCUUACUACAUUUGUUAAGUGCACGCUCAGGCACACGAACCCACAGAGAGGGUUUGAGCAUUGUGCAUGUGCACUUCCCUGUUCACAACAGUGUCAUCUCCAAUGGGCAAAGAAAACACAGCGUGAUGUUUUCCACAAGCAUUGUUAAUUUGACCGUCUAUGUUAGCGCUGUUUUGGAAUGAGAAGUCUUCCUUUUCAAUAAAUAUUCAUAUGUCAUGGAAA